AAUUAACCAUAAGCGGCCGGGGCUGACCGGGAGGACUGAGCAUCGAGGAUCAGACAGCGGUGUAGAUGACAGCACCAGCAUCCCAUGACAAGGCCAGGACGGAGCUGGGUGCUGGGAUGGACAGUGAGUGACCUAUGUGGCGGAGAUGAAUUCCCAGAGGAUGAUCUACUGGCUGCGUUUGGGGGUCCUGUUUAUUCUGACCCUGGCUGUGAUAAAGUAUAUGCAUAAAAGCAGCCCCAACAGUUCCCCGCAGCCUUCAGGAACUGUUAAACAGAAGGCCAAGAAUGACUUUUUUUGGGGUGAGAAGGUGGAAGCCAGGGCAGACCCGGUCAUCAAAGAUCUACCGCCUGAGCCGCCCAAGGAGGAGUCGGCAGAAGCCGUGCCAAAGAAAACGUCAGAAGCAGGGAAGAGGGUACGCAAGGAUUUUAGUAAGGUGCAGAUGAAGCUGGUUCACCUCGACCUCAAGGGAGCUCCUCCGAAGAUUUCAUACUUUGAGCAGAUAUUUCCACUGUUCUCCAAGCUGGGGGCCAACGGACUACUCAUUGAAUAUGAGGACAUGUUUCCAUUCACCGGAGAGCUGGCGGUCCUCAAGUCUCCAUACGCUUAUAGUGAAGAGGACAUUGCAAAGAUCCUGCACCUUGCUGAGAGGAAUAAACUAGAAGUGGUUCCCCUCAUACAAACAUUUGGACAUAUGGAGUAUGUUCUGAAGCAUGACAAGUACAAGAGUCUGAGAGAGGUGGAGCGUUACCCCAACAGCCUGAACCCCCACUCUGCAGGGACUAUGGUCUUGCUGAAGAUGAUCUUGACUCAGGUUAUUGACAAGCAUCCAAUGAUCAACUGGAUCCACAUUGGAGCAGACGAGGUCUACCCUCUAGGGGAAGGACAGGAUUCCAAGUCCUGGCUGAACAACAACAAAGGAGACCUGGGGAAGAUGUUCCUGAACCAUGUGAAGAGCGUGGUGGACUUCCUGCACACUCAGUACCCUGAGAAGAGCCUGCUCAUGUGGGAUGACAUGCUUAGAAAGUUCAGUGUAGAAACCAUUGCAGCUGCCGGAAUUACGAAGUUUGUGUCUCCUGUCCUGUGGAUGUACCAUACAAACUUCAACAUGGCACAGACAGAAUCUUUUCUCUCCAAAUAUGAAAGCAGUGGAUUUUCCAAUAUUUGGUUUGCAAGUGCCUUUAAAGGGGCCUCCACUCCCAACCAGAUUUGGACCCCUAUGGAUUUGCACAUGAAGAACCACCAGCAGUGGAAGAAGGUCAUUGAUGGGAUGACCAAGUUCCCCAAACUCCAUUAUGGCGGCAUAGCGCUGACAGGGUGGCAAAGGUAUGACCAUUACUCUGUUCUGUGUGAGUUGCUUCCAGUCACCAUCCCGUCUUUGGCUGUUUGUCUGAAAACGCUAAAAUACGGUCAGUUCACUGAGGAAGCCAAAAAGCAGACCGCUCACAUACUGGGCUUCAGCAAAAUUGACGUAGAGAAGAGCACCUGUGAUGGAACCGGAGCUUUUCCAGGGGCUGAAAUUUACAGCUUGGUAAGAAAAAUCCACGUGGAUCUGAAGCAGAAGGUGCGGGAGAUCACGGAGGGUAAUAAUGAGAUCACUGCCUGGUUUUCUCAUUACCACCGAAAACACCAGUUUGGAAAUCCACAGAAAAUGGAGUCUUUCAGUGCCAAAAUCUUAAAAGCCAAUGAGGAGUGGGAGUCUCACAUACAAGCUCUCCGGACACAGCUGGAUUCCAUUUAUUUCCCAGACACGGUGGAGGAAUGGAUGGAAGAGAACGUCAACCCUAUCAUGGACCCUCUGAGAGAGAUGGCCAGGGACUUCCAGGAGAUCUUGCCACUAAACGCCCGACCCAAAGCCAUGCCAAAGAAACGAUGAGCGCCUAUCCUUGGAUGGAUGGAGAGUUCAGUACGCUGCUGAUGGAACUUUGGUCAGAUUUCAAAGCAGGGAAAAGAGUCAUGUUUUGGAGGAUACCAGAUCAGAAUGUUCCACAAAGAUCUGGUGCACUAGUGUACUCAACAGUGUGAGUAUGC